AUGACCACCCCCCUCCAACCCCUCAAACUCUACGGCGACCGCCCAACCGUCAAUCCCGUAAAAGUCCUCAUCCUCCUGAACGAGCUCUCCCUCCCCUACACAAUCUCGUCAGUCCCCUUCACCGAAGUCAAAUCAACCCCCUACCUAUCCCUAAACCCAAACGGCCGACUCCCAACCCUCCACGACCCAAACACAAACCUCACGAUUUGGGAAUCCGGCGCAAUAAUCGAGUACCUAGUUGACCGCUACGACACCUCCCGUCGCAUAAGCUUCGAGCCCGGAACCCACGACUUCUACCUCGCGAAGCAGUGGUUGCAUUUUCAGAUGUCCGGACAGGGGCCGUACUAUGGGCAGUUGGCGUGGUUUAAGAAGUUUCAUCAUGAGCCGGUUCCUAGUGCUGUUGAGAGGUAUGUUAAGGAGGUGAAUCGGGUGACUGGGGUUUUGGAGGGGUGGUUGGAGAAGCAGGCAGGGGUUUAUGGGGAGGGUGAGGGGAAUGGGCCGUGGCUUGUUGGGGGGAAGUUGUCGUAUGUGGAUUUGGCGUUUGUGCCGUGGCAGAGGGUGCCCGGGAUGUUUGUCGGUGUGGAGGAUUUUGAUAUUGAGAAGUAUCCGUUUGUGAAGGGGUGGUUGGGAAGGAUGCUGGCGAGGGAGGGGGUUAGGGUUGGCAUUGAGGGGGAGAAGGAAUGA